GGGGGAAUAAUAUCUCAGCCUCAUAGCUCUUGUUUCUAUAUAUCUGCACAUAGGCAUAGCUUUUUUAUAUUAGGGUGCAAAUAGAGGUCGCACUGAAGUAGCCAGAUUUGCCCUUCCAGACCGUAUGUAUUUCUGUGACAACUUUCCCUCUGGUUCAGCUGCUUACUUCAUCAUCAUCAUCAUCAUCUGUUCCUCCGACUCCCAGUGGAGUAUAGGGCAUCCGUGAAGACUCUCCAUUCAGAUCUAUUUGUUGCUCACUUGCAUCAACAAUAUUUUACCCCUGAGGUCAGGACACAAGUAAUAAGAGGAAGUGCUUGGCGCAGCAAAAAGAGAGAGAAGCCGAAAGCACUUACUCAUCAUCCCCAUCAGGUGGAUCACAGUAACUUCCGGUACGUCCAGUAACCUCCUCUACAAGGAAUUGGAGCCGCGCGUAUAAAGUUCCCCAGUGGGACGCUGAGAGAUCAUGCCCCAUCAGUGGGUGUAAGAGAGUGUGUUACUUUCUACAUGGGUCCCCAACCUUUUUAUUACCCGUGAGUCACAUUCAAAUGUUAAAAGAUUUGGGGAGCAACACGAACAUGAAAAUGUUCCUGGGAUGCUAAACAAGGGCUUUGAUUGACUAUUUGAUAGCCCAAAUGUGGAUUGGCAACUAAAACUUUCCUCCAAGCUAUAAAUUCAAAGUGAAGCACCUGCUCUCUGCACUGCUGGUCACAACUGCUUGUGUUGUUUGCAGUUGCUUUGACUGCAACCAACACAAGCAGCAGUCGUGCUUUGUCAGUGGGUGUUAGCGUGAGACAGGGAGGAUAGGUACCAGUAAGUAAGUGACACCAGUACAUCACUGUGCGACCUAGAAAAAGGGAAAUUGCACAAAUGUAUUGGGACUGCCUGCUUGGCCUUCGGCCACAGGGGAGGAGUUAGGGCUAGAUAGCAACACUGAAUUUAGCAACUUCUUGAUCACAAGUCAGCACAACUCCCAGCCACUGCCUAGCUAGCAACUAGCUCAGCUCUCAGGCACAAAUCCAACUCUUGGGAAGGGCAACUAAGAGGCUUCACAGUUCUCAGGAACUAGCCCAACUUACAAGUAGGGCAACUAGUAGGUAACAUUGUUCUUAAGUGACACCACUAUCAGGUAGGUCAAAUAGCAGGCAGCAGAGCUUCCAGGCACUAGCUCAGCUCCCAGGCAGGCAAACAAGGAGACAACAGAGCACUCAGGUACUAGCCCAGCUACAGGCAGGGCAACUAGCAGGCAGCAGAGAACUCAGACAGGGCAACUAGCAGGCACUCAGGCAGUGCAACUAGCAGUUGCCCUACCACUCACGCAGGGCAACAAGGAGCAUAAGAGCUCAUGGUCAUGGUCACUAGCCCAGCUUUCACAUAAAGUUCUUAGCAGGCAACAAGCCUCUCAGGCACAAGCUCAGCUCAGAUAACUAGGAAGCAACAGAGCUCCCAGGUGACACAGUGUAUCUGCGGAACCUACUUCAAUUGCAAUAGGAUGGACAGGGAUCUGAUCUGAGUCCCCCACAAAGAAACCAACAAUGGUGAACAGAGAGAGGAAUAACCAACUGCUGGAGACACUAAAGCUGCCUGAGAAUUCUGAGUGUGCAGAUUGUGGACUGCCAGAUCCUGACUGGGCCUCGUGCAAAGUGGGAGUAUUUAUCUGCUUGCAGUGCUCGGGGGUGCACCGUAGUUUUACGGAGAGUGGCAAAGUCAAGUCGAUACAAUUGGAUAACUGGGAAGAUGAGCGGCUGGUGCAGUUCAUGAUUGGGAAUGGAAACCUGAAGGCAAAAAAGAAAUAUGAAGCUUUUGUUCCUCCCUUCUACUAUCGGCCCCACGCCAACGACUGCAUUGCAUUAAAAGAACAGUGGAUUCGGGCUAAAUACCAACGAGAGGAAUUUAUGUCCAAUAAAGUUACUAUGCACACUACAGCAGACCGGGAAGGCAUCCUGUACAAAAGGGGUAGAGACCGCAAAGGAUUCCAGGAAAGAAGAUUUGUCUUAUCUAGAAGUGAGGGACUGCUAAAAUAUUACACUAAGGACAAUGGUAAGGGUCCAAAGGGGAUAAUUCCAAUCCAAAGCCUGAAUGUCAUGUUCCAAGGAGAGAAGAUCGGACACCAGCAUGGCCUGGAGAUCACCUACAUGAAGGAUGGCCAGACCCGGAAUAUCUUUGUGUAUCAUGAUAGUGCAGAGGAAAUCGUGGCCUGGUACAAUGCCCUACGUGAAGCUCGGCUCCAUUAUCUGAAGACAACCUACCCACAAGCUUCAGAAGCAGAGCUGAUACCCAAGAUCACCAGGAAUUACAGUAAAGUUGGCUACAUGGAAAAAACUGGCCCCAAGAAAAAAGAAGCCUUUAAGAAGCGAUGGUUCAACCUGGAUUCAGGGGGAAGAAAACUUCUUUAUUAUAAGAAUCCUCUGGAUGCCUUUGAAAAGGGUGGAAUCUUUAUUGGAAGUAAGGAGCGAGGAUACGCAGUCCAAGAGGGUUUGCCACAAGGGUUGAAAGGAAACAAUUACGAUUGUGGGAUUAUCAUCCAGACCCCAGCAAGAGAGUUUGUCUUGACUUGUGAAAAUGUGAAAGAGCAGAGGGAGUGGCUAAAGGCACUUAGGGGUGUUGUAUCUCAGCCAAUGACAAAAGAGGAUAUUAUAGUCUGCAGUUCUUUUAUACUUGCCUGUUCCAUGGGAUCUGUGAGCACCUGCCAUUUUCGGUCUUCUGGUUUGAUACAUCUCACCUUUGCUUCCAUCUUGCUCUGAUGGCUCCUCCUCUCUACUAUACUUGUCACACUUUGGGAUGUCCUUAGAGUCCUGAUGUCCUAAGAGUUGCGCCAUUUUUUUGAAUUUAAUUCUACAGAAGAGGCCAAUUUCAGGAGAAAGCGCCCAAAAUAACAUCCAGAGACCGUGAGAGGAAAAGACAAGCCAGCGAUCACUGAAUGGACUUGACUUAGCGACUUCUUUACUACAAGACUUUAUUUGUGUGUAGCAGGACUUGGACCUGCCCUCUAUCUGAAGCUGUUAUGGGACUGGGAGCAGGCCCGGACUGGCAAUCUGUGGGUUCUGGCAAAUGCCAGAGGGGCUGCCAUAAGAUGCCAUAGAAAGUCACUAUUUAUUGGGCCGGUGGGGAGCUGAUUGGGCCUCUCUGUACUUGGAAUGCCAAGGCCUGUUUUGACUCCCAGUCCAGACCUGACUUGGAGCAUAGACUGUAUUUGAGGGAGGGGAAUGUCCUUAACUUAUUGGGUUGCACCCUCUUUGGUUUUACACAUAAGAGGAUCUGUUAUUCAAGGACCACACGCUCCUGGGCUCAUGACAUAUUUUAUUUCUGAGAUAUUUUUGUACAGAAAAUGUUCAACAUAAAAUGUAUUUCCUAA